AUGUGUGGAGCCCUAGGCCUAUUACGUUUUGCCUUUCUACUCAAGUUUGUGUUAGAAUGUCGUGGAUUUCGCCUCGUGGCAAAGUUGGAGCCGAUAACUGUGGAACUGGGGCGAUCUGUGUUCUUGGAUCCAGUGCGCGAUCUGAAAAUCACGUUCCCUGAAGGAGCCACAUGUAAGGUUGAAGUUUUAAGAACUGACCCUUUAUCGCAAAGAGUGGGGUUUCUCUCGCCAGACACCUUUCCAUGCGAUUUCUCUCUUGGCGAGGUGCAAUAUUCACACUUGGGGUCCAUGUUUUUCAUGCAAGACUUUGUUAAACUACAAAUCCGCGCGGACGCCGACACACAAACUCGUUUAAUUCCACUCAAUCUUCGCGUGACGGUUUCGUUCACAGACAUGGAAAUCGUCAAGAAAAAUCUUCCCAUCAAAGUGUUUGAACUCGGGGGCAUUUCCACAGGCAUAAACAACGACGUGCUCGAGUUCAAAGACGGCGUAACCAAAACAUGCUCCGUUACCAUUCUGAACUUCAACAACGGAGGAGUAAAUUCGCGAUACGGAGAACUUGUUAAUGUUACAAGGGACCAAGAGAAAACGGCCAGCUUUGAAUGUAGCGAUUUCUUACGAUCCAAUAUUCGCUAUCAACACAAAAAGCUUUCAUCUUCUAAUCGCGAUUUUAUUCCACUGGUAGUAGAGCUUAUCGAUGAAAAUACUCAUCGAAUCGAGAGGGAAUACUUUCAAAUAAUCGUGCGUAUAAUGGAGGCACGAUCGAACCAAAGACCAGUGGCUUCUUUUGAAGCUUCUCAUACCGUGGAAGUCAAUCAAUACACGCUUGCCCCGAUAACUUCUGAUAUCCUCGCUGCCUCUGACGCGGAAACCGAUGCUCGUGAGAUAAUUUUUAAUAUCACUCAAGCGUUACAAUCAGGCGAAGGUUCGCUGGUAAACACCGAUGACCCUUAUCACUCGCUGACAGCUUUCUAUCAGAGAGAUGUCGAACAGUUUAAGAUCGCUUAUAGGCCUCCUACCGCUCAAUCAUCGGAGCUGCGCAUGUUUCAGCUCAGAUUAGAGGCUGUGGACACCGAGGGCGCGAAAUCUGAACAGAUUCUUCUCUUGAUUAUGGUAAAACCGACUAAUAAUCAAGCGCCUAUUGUUACGAAAAACGCUGGUCUUAGCUUAUUUGAAGGUCAAUCACGGGCUAUCACAGAAAAAUUCAAUCUGGCUAUCUCCGAUAAAGAUAACUUUGAUGACGUUCGGCUGCAAGUGAUUGGCGGCUUGAGGCAUGGCGAGCUUCGAAUAAUUGGACACAAAGUAAAUCAGUUUAUGGCGACAGAUUUGGAAAUACCCGUCAUAACUUAUCACCAUGAUGGUUCAGAUACUUACAGUGACAAUAUUAUCUUCCGACUCACCGAUACUCAACACGACGUAAAGUUCCUGUUCCCAAUAACUAUUGGCCCCGUGGAUGACACUGCUCCAACACUGGUACACAAUACUGGGCUGACAUUGGACGAAGGGGAUCUAGCAUUGAUAGACCAGUACAUGUUGAGUGCCACAGACAUCGACUCCGAGGACAGUAAAAUAAAAUUCAAACUCAUAAGCCAUCCAAACUUCCAAGAGAAUGCGGAUAAUUCAUUGUUUGAAGAGACCAGCAUCGGUGUUUUGUGCCUGCGAACCAAAACUCCACCCGAAAGAGGCGAAAACUGGGUUCUUCUGGAGGACGGCGUUUAUGAAACAAAUGUUACUCAGUUUUCUCAGGACGAUAUCAACAAUAGACGCCUUUACUAUCGGCACCUUGGAGGAGAAUAUUUCAGCGAUGAAGUCGCUUUUGUAAUGUUUGAUGAAGCUGAUGAUCCAAACGUUUCUCCGAUAAAAACUUUUCAGGUCACAAUUCGACGAGUCGAUGACUUACCUCCAUUUCUGUUUCCUGGAUGUCCCUUGGAAUUAAUCGCUGACGAGAAGGGACUGGAGGCGCUAAGCGAAGAUGUACUGCACUACACAGACAAAGAUUCUAAUGAUGACGAACUUCUAUUUUUCAUUACAAAGGAACCUAGCUUUAUUGACGAUGGUCUGAACAGAAGUGAAUCAGCUGGGGAAAUUCUCCUUUCAAAUACGAAAGCAAAAGUGUUGAGAUUCAACCAGCUCCAGCUGCGGCACGAAAAAAUCAUUUUCAAAUCUCCUGACUUGGAACUUGGUACCAAACCUAGAUACGUGCAGUUUGAGUUUUCAGUAUCAGAUCUGUCGGGUAAUACGGUUAGAAAUCAGGCCUUCCGUGUUAUUUUGACGCCGGUAAAUAACCAAGGGCCUCGCGUGGUAGUGAAACCUUUAGAGGUAGACGAACUAAACCAGGCGAUUCUGGGGAGUGCACAUUUGACUGCGUUUGAUGAGGACACACCCAAACAUGAACUGACCCUUACUCUGGUUUCUCCCCCACGGUAUGGCUUCCUCAUCAAAAAUGACCUCGAGUUGCAGUAUCUGGACACUUUUAGCGUCCAGGAUGUUGCAGCGUCCCAAGUUUGGUACCGUCACGCGACUAAAGGCGAGGCGAGUGACGAGGUUGGAUUGACAGUUGACGAUGGAAUACAAAGGCAAAACUUCCUUCUAGAAAUAGGUAUGAUACUGUCAUUGUGAUAUACGUGCUUAUCUAACUUGCCAAGAGUCCCUAUGGGACUGGACUAGUUCUGGGAGGGAACUGUCGAAGAGGUGUCCACUGCGGGAGGCCGACUUUAGUAUAAGGCCUUUUAUUACCCCCUUGCUGGUUAAAAAAAAGCUAAUGAGCUCAAGGAGUAUUUGCUUUUGCUGGAACUUAUCGGGUAACUAGUGUUUGGCUGUGGGGCCACUUUAGCCAGACAGCUUAGGGUUGGGGUCAUUUAAGUAAAAUGAUAAAUCACGAUGAACUAACCAAGCAGAUACAUGGAUUAAGAGAGAAAUCUUCAAGAGUGCCCAAUUACUAUCGAAAACCAGCGGAAUAUAGUUUUCUCUGUAGCUUUUGGAAUAUUUUUGAACAUUCUUAUUAUCGAAGAUACUUAAAAAACGGAUUCUGACUCUGAUAUGAGACAAUGCAAAACUAAGAUCUCGUUAUGUACUCGGCCUUGUGAAACGUUUACGAAAGACUAUGGAAUCACGCAGAAGAUCAUCGAGAAAUUUCAGUUUAUGUUACACCGACUUCUCUACGCUGAGAUUAAGUAUAAUACAUUAAGUACAGUACAUGACCUAAAAUAGGAACUGUUCUAUAUUCUUUAGUUUUUUGUCUUUUUUGAACUGAUCUCUUUUCCGUGCAGUAAGAACAUUUCUUUUAAUGCUGAGAGUCGAAAAUCCUCGAGCUGCUCGUUUCCGGAUUAUGAAUGUAAAAUCUGGGGUUUUAGGUACACUUUCACUUUAACAUAAGAACACAAAGGUGCAGUAGGGCACUCCUAUAAUGAGUUUAAAUGUAAAUUAAAACCAUGUGGUAAUUAAAGAUAGACAUAGAGCCUGCGGCGUAAAUUUUUGUCGUAGUAAAUUCUUUCUGGCAAGAGUUUUUCGCAUUCGAAAGAUCACACGUGCCAUCAUUAGUUUUGAAAUACAAGUAAUGAAGUUAUUAGGAAACGAAACUGAAGAGAGUGUUUUUAGAGCUGUAAAUAUCCUUUUCUAAAAUGUCAAAGCUUCGGGGUUUUAAAGUUACCACAACUUGCUUGAAUCGGACCCCUGGUGUCUAAAAUGUCAAGAGUGGAAAAAGAUUUGUGUCUUGCUUAAAAGUCGCAUUCGUGCCAUGAUCAGAUUGUUGUACUCAUAAGAGAGUAGAGUAAGUGUUUAUCUAUCCUGAUUUUGUAGCCUAAAAUUUUCAAGUUUGUCAUUACCAAUCUGAGUUAAUCUUCUCCCCUCUUGCCUAUCCUCGUCAUUAUUUAUUGCUUUCUAUUUAUCUCUUUUGUAUUUUUCGCGAUAUUAAAGGUUUUAAUCUCGUAAAAUGGGAUAUUCUAGGACGCUAAAGAGACUGAGUCACCUCUUGGCUUCAAUAGAGUUUUAGUAGGGAGGUCUGAGUGUUACAAUUAUCGCAAAUCAACAUCGAAAUAAGCGUCGAGGAUCGUAUAGGAAAGUUGCGCGUGCAAGAUUGUGAGGCCGGGGAGGAAUUCUUGCUUUCAUUCUCUAAGAAAACGACCUUCGACCGCAAAGCUAUGGUUAAGAAAAUGAAUAAGAAUAAAAGAAAAACGUCCAGAAAAUUAUAGUUACAUGAACUCUCUAAGCUUGUAUGAAUAGAAAGCUUGAAUAGAAACAUAAAUAGGCUAAUAGGUAUCCUCCUUCGUGUCACCAAAUCUACUGGCUUGACUUAGUACGAUUUUUACUCGGCUUGACGUGUUAUUCAUUAAGUGUUUUGUUCCGUUGUUUUAUCUCUUAGGGAUCAUGUUUCUCCAUGAAACCGAAAACAAUGAGAGUUUUUUUUUAUUUUGGCCAAAGAUCAAAAGAAAAAUAAACAAAGCUUGACUUGGAGCAUGAUUUAUGGCUCUAAUCGUUAGAAUCAGACGAAGAUGACCAUCCAAGCUGUAGUCUAAAUAGACAUCAGCCAAACCUCAUCGUGUGAGGUUAGCUUUCGGUCUUUUUUUUAUAGAUUAUUACAAUACAGAAGGUUUUCAGAGAUAAAAUAGCGACGUUCAAAUAUGUCUCCGAAGAAGUUAUCGCCUCAGUUGUUCAUGAGUUAUCAUGAUAAUCCUUUCAAGUAAUACAUCCUUGCAUGUAAGAGGUUUUCAUAAUUUUCUAUAGUAUUUCUUGGCGAUUUUUUUCUUAACAGUAAGCCAAUAACCUCUUGAAACCUAAGUGAGAUGAAUUCGCAUUCCAGGUCAUGUUCUUUCCCUUCUGAAAAGAGAAGACUUUCUUCUGAAGAGUUCCGAAAGAAAGAAAAGAAAAAUUUGCGUACCAAGGCGUGCAAAAUAUUUUCUGAACAAGAAAAAAUCGAAAGAGGAAUUUGUUUGUUAAACAACACGAAGAGACGUGCUGUAUAUCUUUUGCGCCAUCCGUCGUCCAUGAAAGCGAGGCAUGAUUGAUUACCGCGACAUUCGCUCUAAUUUGAUAAGUGUUCCGGCAGAAGCGCGAUUAAAGUAAUCAGGAAAUGUUUUUUUUUGUAUUAAUGAGCAUGCUCCUUCUAUUUGAGAAGCUUGCGUGCCCUAUUCCUGUCUAUUUUGUUGGCACUACUUAUUUCAAGCUGAGCUAAUCAAUAAAAACUCAGCUUUGGGAAAAAAAAGGACAAAAUUCAGACGUUCAUAGUGAAAUUCGCGCAUAGUUUGCCUCUCAAGUAUCGGCCAUUUUUGAGAAACCAUGUUUGCUUUUUUAAUAGAAAGAAAGAUUUAUUUUCUAUGAUUUCGUGCAAACUCCCUCUAGGUUUUUUUCAUGCGGGGCCUUAAACUCCUAAAGCUUGUUAAUCCAUACUAAACGGAUUAAAUCAAACACGAGCAAUAUGUUAACAGAGGCUACAAAUAAAUAAACACUUUAUUUGAAUUUCUAUUUAACUGUGUUUAUCGCAAAUUGUCUCGGAAUUAUCGAUCGCAUUUCAAUAUGUUGUCUAUACUAUGUAAUCCCCUCUGAUAAAGGAUUUCGAAGACGUUUCCAGAAUGCUUUCUAGUUUUUUUCCAUGACUUCUUGCAGAAGUCUUACUAAAUGGAAAAGGAUUCUUAAUCAAGUGGAUUUGGACCGGACGCGCUUAUAGUUAACACUUGGAUUGGCAGUACUUCUUCACGUCCUUAUCAGACAAUUGACGGGCUCUGAAAUUUGGACCGGUUUCAAUCCGUCCACGUUGAAAGUCUAUUUCAUAAGGAUUAGAAAGUUCCACCUCAUUUGUCUGAGAAAAAUCCUGUAUAAUCUGCUUUUGGGGAGUUUAUGGAUUAAGCACUUUGAAAACAGUUCUUUGCCGCACAAUGUUUCUUGUUUCUGUUCCCUAUUACAAAUUACCCUAAAAUAAAAAAGGAAAAGAAAAUGAUUUUAAUUGUCGAGCCAGACAAGGAGUUUUUAUUUAUGUUGGGAGAUCUUUUUUUAGCAUAGAUGAAAGCAUGGCCUAAGGCUGAAGAGAAAUGUUUCCAGUCUCGAUCUCUCGCUAGCUAAUAGGCUGAAAAAUAUAGCGAAUCGUUGAAUCGAACUUUGGUUUUUAAGCCUUGUUUACAUACCACAGGGAGAAAACUUGUGUUUGCGUGAAUAAACUGAAAACUGUAGGAAAGCUGUCUUCUUCAACCUUUUGUAUCUCUGGCAAAAGCAACAUAUGAUGAUUGAUGAAAAAUUUGAAUGGAAAAUAAGGUGACAUCUUGGUGAAAGCAGAAUCGUAAUCGCCAGUACGUGUAAAAAUUUUACUGACUAAUCCUACACGCCCUAAUAUCAGUCUGCAUAUUUUCAAUACUCUCCUUUACAUGUUUAUUUUGGUAUUGAAAAGGAAACUUUGUUUAAUAACCAAGAGCUUCUUUCGUUAACGAUCAUUUGCUUUCCUCUCUUGACCUUGAGUUUUGAAUCAGUAGUGAUAGUGUGAGUAGAUUUUAGAUAGCAGUCACCCCCUGGGCUAAAGGGCUUGUCAACAACAAUUGGUGCGGAAAACUAGCUCCGGUAGCCCUUGUUAUCAAACCUCGCUCAUAAAUUUGUUAUCGAGUGCAUUUAUUAGUCUGACACAAGAACCUUGAGCCGCAUUAGCUAAAGCAAAAUUCUCCAUUGGAGGUUUCCUCGGCAGAAUAGAUAAACGACUACGAUAAAGCAAGGCCUCUUGGUCAAAAUCUGAGUUGUUGGUCUCAUUUCCAUUGGGCGGGGACUUUUUGAGUGAAUAAACUUCCUAGGGAGGAAUUUCAUAGUCUGUAAGUUUUUCUUUUUUUCUUACCCAUCCAGUUAUCAUUCCUGAGCGCAAGAAUGUGACUUGUCAUGUGUACAAUAUGACAGUGACUGUAAAGGAAAAUUCACGGGAGGCUAUCAAAAUUCACUCUUCUUCUCAAAGUCCCCGCGACACGGAGAUUAUACUUCGCAUCGCUAGCCCACCCCGGGUAGGGCGAAUUUUACGCGAUGGAAAGGUGAGCUACGAGUUUAGUGUCCAGGACUUGGAAGCUGGGGUUGUCUAUUACGAGCACAUUGGAAAAGAGACUGGACUCCAAGGAGAUGUGGAUCAUUUUAAUAUGACGUUGUUGAAUGACACAGAGACCUGGAUUCGAGAGGGAAGAAGAUAUGAAGGUAACUUAAAAUGUUAUUGUAAUGAAAUGUGCUUCAUCAGAUUACAAGUAGACUCGUUCAAAUCUCCUGUUGGUGUGUCUGAAGUAAUUACGUGACUAUGGAAAACUGCGCAGCUCAAGCCAGACAGCUAAAUGUUCACAGUUUUCAAGUGCCAUGAAAAUUACAUGAGAUUUUCAGGAAAGAGUUCGAAUAUGAAGAGAAGAUAGUUGAACGAGAAUUGUGCAAUUUUACUUACACAAAACAGGUCUCCUUGUUAUUCCAAACAUAGAUCGUUUUUUUUGAAUAUUAUUAGAUGACCAGUUCAACACCACAUCAGUUCGCGUUCGCUAUAGUUCAUCUGAUAUCAAGCACGUCAUUUAAAUGCAGUUAAAGAUUAAUAUGUUAUUUUAUUUUUAUUCUCACAGCAGUGACUGUGGUCACAAUGAUUCUACCAGUGGACAGUCAGCCGCCAGCAGUGAGUAGAAACGAACCACUUGUUGUGCUUGAAGGUGGAGAAACCAAACUCACGUCACGCCAUUUGACUAUCGUCGAUCCCGAUACGCGUGACAGUGACGUCACUUGCACCAUUGAUAUACAACCCACAGUGGGUUUCUUGGAAAAUGUCACGCCAUCUCGGGGAUCAGAGAUCAGCAACGCGGGAAAACGUGUUACCUCUUUUACUAUUGACGAGAUACGAGCUGGACGCAUCAGCUACGUGCAAGACAAGUAUGAGAACAGCGAGCCAACCAUGGAUUGGGCGGCUUUUUCGUGUUCUGAUGGUAAUAACACAUCACCGCGUUACUUGCUGAAUAUCGAUAUCAUCCCGCAAAAUGAUGAAAUACCGCAGAUAUUCAUCCGAGAAUUUAAGGUGGAUGAAGGUGAUGAGAUGAUCAUUGACGUAGCUGUCCUGAACGCAGUCGACAAUGACGAACCUCUGGAUGAGUUGGUUUUCUUCGUUGUCACGCCGCCAAGUCACGGCAUGAUCACGGACACACGGAGGGGCGCUGUGGCACCAGUGCCCAGGUUCUCCCUGACGCAGAUAAAAAAAUCGACCUCUAUAGUGUACCAACAUGAUGGAAGCGAGAGUACUCAGGAUUCUUUCGUUGUGAGCGUCACGGAUGGCAAAUAUAACACAACGCGUUCAAUUCCUGUUAUCAUCACUCCUAUCGAUGACGAGGAACCCACAUUGUCAGUGAAUAUUGGACUACAGAUCGAGUUUGUUGGCGAAAGCAGACCAAUCACGCCAAACAACCUCAGAGCCACAGAUAUAGAUUCCUCAGAUGAGAACAUCACAUUUAUAGUACGCAGUCCCCCGCGGUCGGGAUCUCUGAGGCUUAUAAACCUUAAUGGGUCCGUUCAAAACUUAGGUCGGUGGCAAAGGUUUACUCAAAGAGACAUUGAAGAAAGACGUUUAGUUUACUCUCAGGAUCCUCAUAUCCCAAGCGAGAGAGAUCAGAUAAAAUUUGACAUUUCUGAUGGUAAAAACAUACGAUUAAAUCAAAUAUUUUACGUGCAAAUCAGCGCUGGCGAUAGAAUUCACCCAACUGUAAUUAAUAAAGGAGUGCAGUUGACCCAAGACUCUCGCGUCAUUAUCUCGACAAACUUCCUCAGUGCCAGCGAUACGGGAAGUCCCAAUGAAAAACUACGAUUUUUACUGAAAAAGCAGCCGUUAAAGGGUCACUUGGAGCACUUGGACUUUCCCGGACUGCGACUUAAUUCCUUCACCCAACUUGAUUUGGCGGGAAAUAAAAUUGUCUAUGUACACACGAGUACCGACGAAGCUAAAGCGGACAGUUUUGAUUUUGAAGUUUCUGAUGGCACUAAUGGCGUGGUUCGCACAUUUUUGGUGACGCUGUUAAACAUCGACAACAAAAAACCAGUUCUAAUCCAUCGAAAACUUGUGGUCAAUGAAGGUGAGAGUAUACUGAUAACACCUUUCGAGCUGCGCGCGGACGAUCAAGACACGCCUCCCGCGAAUCUCGUGUACACAGUCACGCGCGUACCUUUGCACGGCUGGCUACUUAACCGCGGGAUUCCUACGCACGUAUUCACGCAAGAAGAUAUCAACCUUAAUCGAAUUUCCUAUGCUCACGAUGGUACAGACGUGGUCAAAGACAGCUUUAAAAUCACGAUAAGCGACGGAAUUCAUAACAAAUUUUACAUGUUUCCAGACACCGAGAAUGUGGUUCGUGAGCCCCGGGAAAUUCAAGUGUUUGUUGUUCCCGUGGACAACAGAAUUCCACAACUGAUUAUUAACAGAGCGGCCACCAAUCUUGAAAACUUACCGGGCAACAAAAUCGGGCUGGUUAUAAGGAACGCUUCGUUACGCGCGGCGGACCUGGACAGUGAUAAUUCUGAGCUUCUGUACAUUGUCACAGCUCAACCAUCAAACGGAGAUCUUGUGGCACAAGGGAAUUACCAUAGCAACGGCAGCAUCACAAACUUCACUCAGUCCGACAUUGACGCCGGAAACAUUUCGUAUGUCUUACAUGAACAUUGUAACGCCACAAAUGACGGUUUCAACUUUGACGUUUCUGAUCCUGCCGGGAAUGUCCUGCGCUUUCAGCGAUUUUCUCUUACUUGGGCGUGGGUUUCAUUUGAACGUCAAAAAUACCACGUUAGCGAGACAGAAGGAACCAUAAGCCUUGGAAUCAUCAGGAAGGGUUUUCUAGGGGACCCGUCCUUUAUUCGCAUGGCUAUAAAGGGUCUUACAGCUACUCGAGGCCAGGAUUUCUCCUUGGUUAGCCCUGCGCACGUUCAUUUUAGUCCUGGUCAGAGGAAAGCGGAGUGGAAGUUAAUCGUUGAGGAUGAUGGGAUUUACGAAGCCAAUGAAACGUUAGAGGUGGAGCUUAGGAGUCCUGAGAUGUGCGUCAUCAGGCAACCAAAGACAGCUCACGUGACCAUCUCAGAUCCGGAGGAUGGUAAGAUAUGAUCAUUUUUAAAAAAUAUGUUUUGCACAGAGCAAUUUACAUUUGAUUGUCGAAACAGGAACCACAUUAUGGACUCCUGUCGAAAGUAAUCUGGUAUUGAAGAAUUUUCACCACUUCUGUCUUUGAGUGAUGCAAUUUCAUUUUUCGUUCGUAAUUUGUUGCCCUAUUUUUUCUGGCAUUUUCUAGUUCCAUCGGUUGAAGUUGUUCAAAGUCACUUUGUUGUGGAGGAAAGUGUCGGAGAAGUAAGAAUUCCCUUGAGGCGCACAGGAGACACCAGUCAGCGGCUGUAUGUCAGUUGUGUGACUACCUUUUUUGGGGAGGAAGGUAGGCGAGAAGCCAGGAUAUGGCUGAGUCUAAUGGGCCAAGGAGCUCACACUGCCUCUUGUCAUCUCGAUUUCUAUUUAAUGAAGUCACUAAAAUUUUAACUAUCACUUCUCCCCAUAAAUCGGAUGCUUGUCCACUACAGGUUACUCCCCUAUUCAUCGUCUCUCUGUCCCCGUUCCCCCCUCCCCUUGGCAUUUUAUCAGGUAUUCCUAUUACGUUGCCGGUUUUCAUUUCGCACUUAUGGGUGGAGAUGAGGGGGGGAUCAUAAUUUGAUCCUGGGUCUUCAAUAGAUAAUCCAACAGGUCUGUUGCUUCCUCUACCGAGGGAAAAGUACAAAAUAAGUGAAUUGAAUAGUUCCACCAAUUAUGUUUUUAUGGAUCUUCACAAAAGAAUUUUCUUUCAGUGAGCUUGUAUUUAAUAUGCUUCAGGUUGGGCCACAGGGACGUUACCUACGUCUAUAUUGUCUUACUCCGACUUUAUCACGAGGCCUGACAGCAAACACAGUGUGAUUACUUUUGGAAAGGUAAGCACUGUAGAACCAUUAUAGAAUUUUUUAGGCUGCGCAGCCGGCGGUUUAUUGAGAGCUUCAUGACAAUGUAGCAGUCAGUAGAGCCCAAGCGUCUCUCUGACUUACCGCUGAUUUAUUCUGCCGUCCUGUUCAAAUCUUCAAAGCGGACGCAACUCCCUUAGCUACACAGGCUAACAGAAUUUACUACGUAAAUUCUGUCUUGCAAAAUCGUGUGCGAUUCCUCAUACUGUUGCCUUAGGAUAAUAAAGAAUCGGUUUAGUUUCUAAGGCGGUUAGUCUUUUUAUUUCAGGAUGGUUAUUUCGUAGGUUGUACCCCUUGAAAGGCUACGCGGCAACUUUUCACGUCUUUCAUUUGCAAUCAUGCCUAAGUUUUUUCCAUCCUUGACCAUCUUAGUCACUUUUUGUUAUAUUUUCGCUUGUUUGGGUUUUUCUGUCAAAAAAACUUUUACAUUAAGGUUUCCAUUCAUUAAAGUGCAAUUUCUGCGACGCGCAACCGACUCAAAAUGUGGCGUCAGAGCUUCUUUAAUUUGAUUUUCCUUCUUUUUUUUCUUCGAAGGGUGAUACUGUUAAAUACUGUCCGGUCACCAUUAUUGAUGACUCUCUUUACGAGAACGAGGAAAAAUUUUAUGUGAAAGUGAUCUCCCAUCUUGGCAGCAGAAUAAAUAGUGAAAGGAACAGCAGCAUUAUUGUCAUAGCGCCGGAUGUAAAGGACGGUAAGGGAACAUGAUGACACGCGACACGAUAAUUUGAACAAUUAUGAAAUAAAUGUUUGCAUGUUUUCUUUAGCUUUACGCCAAUUUUCGAGUCUAGGUAGGGCGAAGAUUCGAGAUCAUUAACUGCGUUGCCAGACACGCAAGCUGUCCUCAAUGACGCACCGCUAUUUUGUUUUUCAUUUUCUAGAGGUUCGAGAUCUUUGUGCGCCGCCGAAAAAACAUCUUUCUUGUUCCGACACAAAGAUAAUAUCAACAAGCCGACAUUACAAGUUAGAAAUAGAACCACAAGUGCGCAUAGAAAGACAACAUUCGGCGUGGCUUCUUGGAACUCAUUCCUUCUUUUACGCGGCGUUGACUGAGCUGGCACGUUCCUGAUAGGCGGUCCUCUUUGAAGGGAAAAAACACGGACGCGCUCUAACUUAAGACGAUUACAAGUUACAAUUAAGGGCUUAAGGCAUCUUUUGAAAAGCCAACGUCUAACGUCUGGUUGACAAAGAUUAUCCCAAAAGCAGAUUACUUAUGUAAACACAAGUCUGGCUGUCAAGUACAACAACAUGCAACAUACUUGAUGGAAGUGACACUUCCUUCUAAAAAUAUUGUUUGAAUCCUCUUGAAUCAAAGGUUAAACGGCGUUUAAUUGUAACAUCUGAUACCGUUUUUUCUGUCUCGUUCGCCCAAUUGUCGAACAAUUUUUGGAAUGUAUUCAUCAGCCUAACCAUUUGUUGCCGUUUAUUUAGAGCCCAAGAUAUUCUUUGAUCGCGGGCGUUACUCUGUGGAUGAAAGUGUCGGCAAGAUUGACGUCAGCCUGAAGAGGACUGGAACUGACCUCUCGAAACCAUCGUCUGUGUUCCUGAGGUCGAGACAAAUGGAUCCAAUCUCCGCUCGAGGUAUGAAGGCACAGACAUGAGCUACUUUAGGAAAGUAGAGGGCUAUUAAUAAGCAUAUAGAUUAAUGUGAUAUAGAUUAAUUAAGAACAGCGCAGUUAUUUUAUCCUUUGUAAACAAUAUGGUUUUGAGUUUCUGAAAGUCGUUCUAGUUCUUUGUGCUUGACUGAUUGUAAUGUUUUAGUGUUAAUCUCUGCAAUGUAAUGUAAAACAGAUGAAUUGAAAUCAGAUGAUGGCAAUCGACUUAAGUUGUAAGAUUGAAGGCCAUUUCCUUGGUGGUAGCUAAGUUGUCGGGCAUGCUAGACGAAUUUUGCUUUCUUUUGCGGUAGAAAAUACCGCCCUCGUGAGCGAGCAAUGACUAUGAGUCUGAAUAAGGGUCGCGACAGAAUUUUCACCUCAAUAUGGAGGGUUUUAAAUUCACAAAUUUAAGCCCGAUCACCAAUUGAUUCGGUCGCAAAAAGCAAAUCUGAGUGCGAAACAUUGCACUACCUUUGCGUUCGAGUCGCUUAGGAUUUUCUGUGGUUGUCUUGUAGCUACUGAGGACUACAUCCCCGUUAUCCAGAUGGUUUACUUCCCACCUUUCUCAAAGAUUCAGACAGUACAGGUCACCAUCCGAGACGACCAAGGACUUCCUAAGGUGGAGGGGACGGAGGAAUUUGAACUUGUACUUAGAACGCCCAUCAACGCUGGGCUUGGGCAGGCAAGCGAGACAGUUGUUGCAAUUGACGACUCAAUUUCAGAUUGUGAGUUUCUUUCUGAUAUAUACUGUAUGUAUAUGUUUUUGUACAAAAAAAUCUAGCUUACUUAUCUGGGGUGAAGAAUUCCGUUGUUGACUCUUGGCUUUGUGCGCACGAACUUGAGGGACCAGUUUUACCACUAACUGACAAUAUCAAGCAAUUUCUGUUCGCUGCUUUUUAAUUUUGAAUUGUUAUGGCUCUGUGAUCAAUAAAGGUGAGGUGUCACAAGCCUAGCCCAUUACUGGAGGGGCUUAUUCCGGUAGCAUGAGGCAAACAGAGUAUCGCCACCCUCAUUUGGCAGGAUGCCACUCAAUUUCUAGUUACCCCCUAAUAUUCGAUCUGGUUUUACUGACAGUUAUCAGGUACCGAUUAGUUCUCCUUCGGGAAAAGAGGUUAUGUAAGAAUAAAGACAACCAAAGCAAGCUUAGGCUUCAUGCCUGAUUAAUCCACUUGCAGUCCAGUCCAAGAUAAUGAUUCUUAAAUUAUGUUAUUUGUUGUGAUGUGCUCAUUAGCCUUACGAGUAAAAGUUGCGGCUAUCUUUUUUCUUUCCCGUCUGAUGUCUUCGGUUCCUUCCUAGUGCCCACAAUACAAUUCGAAAAGACAGCAUAUUUUGCCAAUGAGGAAUCAGGAACGCUAAACGUUGUGCUCAUGCGCAGUGGUGAUCUUUCAUAUACGUCAUCAGUUCGAUGUUACACGCGGUAUCUGACAGCACAGGUGGAACGAGAUUUCAAAGAGAGACCGGACACAGAUAAGUCACUGGUUCUGUUUUACCCAGGGGAGUAUCGGAAGAUUUGUCCCGUGACUAUUGUAAACGAUGUUGUAUUCGAAGGGAAGGAGAUGUUUCGGCUAAGAUUAGGAAGCGUGGACAAGGCAAGCCGGAUAGGAAAGAGGAAUACUUCAAUAAUAAGCAUAUUGGACUCUGCCGAUAGUAAGUGCUAAGAACGAGUAAACAAGUAAACAAACGAAAAAUAUUUGAUUUACAAGUUCGAAUGUCAUUUAAAGCUAACCAUUAUCUUGAGAAUAUUUAAUUAAAAAAAAUUAGAAUAAAAAAAGGAAAAUAAAUGGGACAGGCAGAGCAUCCCGAUAACUGUUAACCGAGCUCAGGCUUCAGUUAAACCAAUCAAUUCCAUAUCUAACUUUACAGACACCUUUUGAGUUUUUGGCACAAUUGCGCAUGAAUUCUGUAAAACUUUGGUUGUAAUUUUCUCAUUUUGUUUUGACUUUUUCAACUUCUAGAAUAAAAUGUUUUGUACUUCUUUCUUUUCCAGAGCCUGUGAUUCAAUUUACCAAGGAGCGUGUAUUUGUCGUAGGCCCUGCUGUAGCUGGAGCGAACAGCGAAGCUUUGAUUCCUGUUAAGAAAACAGGUGACCCCACCGUGCGAUCAAAAGUCAGAGUUUACAGUCUUGAUGGAUCAGCAAAGGCUGGUAGAAGUUAUCAACCGAUGACCGAGGUAAUUCAUUAUUAAAAGCAAGCUAAUGUAUGGCGCCGCAAGUCGCGUGCGAGAAAAAGAAAUUAAAAGGAAAGUUGGUGAGUUUGAAGGCAGCGCGGGCGCGAAGCUUUCUGAGGCCAUUCCUCACUCGCCAAUUUCUUUCUUCAGUGCUUCAAAGGGUUACUCGUAGACAGCGAUGGAACCUGCUUCUCGGCUGUUUUUCUCAAAGUAACAAGAUAAGCCUGAGAUCGAUAAAUUUCUUUAAAACAAUGGCAGCCCUCGUUCAUAAUAGCUUUUCUUGUCACCAAAUCUAUAGUUAUUCAAUUAAGAAUAAAUUUCUUCACUUCCCUUCACAGAUUAUCGAGUUUUCGGGAAACAAGUCAGCUCAUGUAAUAGCUAUCAAAUUACUCUUCGACGCUCAUCGAAAGAUUCGCUCCGCGUUCAGCGUCCAUCUGAGCUCUGACAUGACCGGCGAAAGUAGCCUGGGGCUGAAGAAAGUUAUCGUUUACAUUGAACAGCCGUCUACAAAUCCAACCGUCACGUUUCCGUUGUCGCCUAGAAUUGUGUCAUUGCGUGACUAUGAUGACGUCAGUGGUGCAGGAUCCGAGGUUAUAAUGGGUUAUCCGCUGAUCUGUGUAACGGUAAGUUUCCAGAAAAAUCUUGUCUAUAGUAGGAUACUGAGUGUAGUGAACGUAGUAUGUAUGUAUGUCGCAGGUGUAGUCUUCCAUUUUUGCUCUUAGUCUACGAAGUGGUGUGAAACAAAUGUUCCAUACUGUGUUUAAUAAUCCUGUCCUGAAAAAGCAUAAAUUUUCAAUUUUUUUGGUGUAGGCCUGUAAUCCAAAACACCCGCGCUAUGCAGAAACUGGCUCCAUCUGCUCUUCACAAAGAAUCAACAACAGGUUGACGCAAUUCCGUUGGCAAGUUGGUGACGAUUCUAAGGACCUCACCAGUGACUCUUUUUUCGCAAGAACUGACCUCGUGACUUUAGACAGCUCAUACUUAGUCCCAGGUACUCGAGUGCGAUGUGUUGCGCGGGCGGUUAGCGACCGCGGUGAGUUGGGCCUGGAGUCAACUAGCCCUCAAGUGAAUGUGAGUAGAAAAGACGGACUAUGUACACCACGUGACCCUCAUCGCAUGGGUUCCCAGGAGAUUGUGGCGAGUAUUUCUUUCACAGGGAUGACGGGUAAUAAAUAUUCCAACAAAGUCCAUAUCAAAUUAGCCAUUCCUCAUACCGACGGUCUAAUACCAGUUAUAUCUACCAAGAGGUUAAGAAACUUCAAACGGAUCCUUCGUCCAGGUGUGCUGAGACAGGCGCAACACAAAUGUUCUAACCUUUUGGAUGUAAACGAACUGAUCACCAACUUUGGUUUUGUUUCUCCUUCCAUGAAAGAUCGUGAAAGUAUGAUCGAGGGCGAACCUUAUCAAUUUAGUUCCGAAUUAAGAAGUAACAGAACAAUACGCUUUUAUAGGAAUCUCGAUCUGGAGUCGUGUGUUUGGACUUUUAACAGUUAUUAUGAUUUAUCAGAACUCACACAGUAUUGUGGCGCUUCGGUGACGUCAGAUGGACAAUCACGUGAUAUCGCACAAUCCCAGAUCACCGUUCGGGUACCUCUAUAUGUGAGUUAUGUGUAUCGUGUACCAAGGAGCAGAGGAGACUGGGUCCAUUAUGACCAUGCCAUGUAUUUGCGCCUGUAUCUAACUUACGACACCGCUGUGCUGUUGAAUAAUGGCAUUCAAACUCCUGAGGGGGGCAUGUUUAAAGGAGACUUGUGGCCAACAGCUAUCUCUGUUCGCGAGGAAGAUAAGAAGCUGGUGGUGAAUUUCAACACCAGAACAAAGUUUCGAGGAACAUACCUGAUUAAAAAUCCUGGUAAGUUUAAUUCAGCUUCUUCAUCGAUGAAGUGCCUACAAAAAAGUUAUCGGCGACAAAAACAACAGACCCGCGCGUUUUGAGCUUAGGCAUAAAAGAAAUAGACUUCAUACGAUGGAGCUUGUACUCUUUGGUUUCUUAUCUUCCAUCAAUAGGAAAAACAAUGCAUAUCGGUGCACAUACCCCCCCUAAGAAUCUUAAACUAGGUAAGCUGUAGUUCAUUUCCCUCCAGGUAGCGUACAACCUACUCUUUAAAUAAAUUAAUAGCCCAUCUUUCGUGCAGAAAAAGAUCCGUUUAACGCACCCCUUUCAUUGCUCAUUUACACCAGUCUUAUUGAAAAUGUUAUUUUUUUUCAUAAUGAAGGUACCCAAGCCAUGGCAGCUGUUAUGUCACGUGACCGCCCCCACCUGAGUUUCGGUUUGAGCCUGGUAUCAAGUGAACAAACGUUCGACUACCCCAAGCAGACCUGGCGAUUUCAAUCCCAGUUUGCCUUACGAGAUUACACUGGUGUUUAUUUUAUCAAACUGAUUCCUUGUACAGUUGCUGAGGUGGUUAUUUUAGAAAUCUUCACGUAGUAUUUACUAUAUGGCACCAAGAGAAAAUCAGCUGUAUGUUUGCAGUUGGUAUUCUCUUAAUGGCGCAUUGUUUUUGGUAAAUGAAAGGCACAAAAAAAAUUGAUGUAAAUGAGUGCCUGGGUAUGUAUUUUUGUUUCUAUGCAGGGAGUGAGUUACUCAGAACCGCCGACCUGCCAUCCACGUGAUCCGGUGACGUUCACUUUACCAAUCAGGUUCCAGCAGGUUCCUGACCCAGUCCCCGGGCAAUUUACUUUAAAUGCUCAGUUUCUGCUGCUGGCCAAUCGGGAUCAGUGGUUGGAUGGAGACGUUAAUGGGAUGAAGGAUUUAAACGUGGACGCUGCCUUCUCCAGAGGUAUCUACCCCUUUAGAUUCAUAUUAGUAAAAUUAUCCGUCUGCUCUCUGUUUCUCUUUUUCUCUUGUUCAUAAGACCUAAAAUUUUAAAUUCAAAGCCGACCUAGAUCAGCGGACUCAAAAUCCCUUCGCACAUGCGCCACUUUUAGAUCCUUAUUCUUCAUAAUUGCUGACUUAUUAAACUAUGUGUCCCUGCGACAUGUCGUAAGAUACCCGGAGAAGCUUUUUGCAGAGAGGUACUUUGUUCUUUGGUUCUCCACACCCCUUUGAAAAACGUUCAUUUUAUUCCAAGUAUCGUUCCCUCUGGAUAACUGCGGUUUGUAAAUGGUGAUAGGGGCAAGUUUCCUUCUCUCUUUCUUCUGAAUGAAAUUAUAUUUGAAACCGAAAUUUUAUUACUUGUGUGUUUCACUGUUUUGCAUAGAUUCGAAAAUCUACGGUCGCAUCUCACUACUCGAAGCCAGAGGAUUCGGCAAGGGUAGGAAGGGGUAUGCUUUAGCGGCAGAGAAGGUGUACCUGUGUACAGGGGUCGGAGAGUUCGUUCCUACUUACGACCCACUGAAGAACAAAUUUGGAUGUAUGGCGCAGUCAUUGUACUUGGAGCAUCGGCUAAAAGUUCUGGUAAGUUUUUGAUGACUUUUGCACAAGGAACAUGAGUAGGCAAAGGUAUUGGAAGAAAAAAUGCUUCAAUUAGUUAUGCAAAAUAGAUCAAUAUUCCUGUACUGAAAUACCUUUUUAUUUCACAUCAAAUCAGGGCGUGCUAGUACACAGUUCCUUAAAAAAUUGGUUGAAGCUCGAGAGAAACCCACCUCUUCUUCUAAACGUCAUUUCCGAUUUUCAGCGAAAUCAUUGCUCCACCACGAGACCUUUUUGAAUGGGUUCUUCGGUUUAAAAGUGAAUUCUCUUUAUCAUUCAACAGGACAGAGAAGAACCAGAUACAAUAGAUACUCAUCUCUCUAAUGUGCCUUUUAAAGCAAAAUUUGCUGAACAAGAAGUCCCAGCCACCAACAUCUCAGAAGACCCUGGAUCUGAUGGGUUUUUAAUGAACAGUGCUCCUUUGUUCGAGGUAUGUCGCAGAUUAAAUUUCGAUUUUCCCAUAAUUGUGGUUGCUUUGUUUUGUACACGGCAUGACAUUCCAAUGCUCAGACCUUACCCUGACUGUCGCGAUUUACACCAGCAUUUGCACCAGGUUAUCUUGCAUCAACAGUAACACGUCGAUUGUUUUCCCCUCGGCAGGUUCCCAGGAGCCGGAAGUGGUUCAUGCAUGCUAUCUAUUCCGUCACAUCCGGAGUUAACUCCAGACCUGCUCGAUCGAUUGGUCGUUCCACCGCUGACAGGAACGAAGUUACUUCCCAUAUCUUAUCAGAGGUAAAUAGCCGCUCGUUCAAGCUCUCGCAUCGCUUAUACCGCCGCGAUCUCGGUGAUAAUCGGCAAAUAGGAGAUCACGGGCAAGGGGCAAAUAUCAAGAUGAUACGGCUUAUAUCUGAACCAACGGAAACGGAAACAACGCGAAAUACGUCAUCUGCGGAUCCGCCAAAAGAGGUUAAGGAGACAGAGUUAAACAGAGCUCACGACACUAGCCUGGUGAACCCGUUGGUUAUUGGCAUUGCGGUAGUUUGCCUUUUGCUUUUGGUCGCUUUGGUUGUUGUGGCUGUCUUUUUCAGACGCAAACUGCUGACUCAGCAAACCCAGAAUUCUUCAGCAGUUGAGUCAAGAUCGGAAGAAGUUACCAUCAUGCGGACGAGGGGUGUGGCAGUGUGAAAAGCUGAAUUCUUACAAGCCAAGUGCAUUUCAUCCAGUCAUCGUUGUAUGUAUAUAAAACAGCUAUUAACGCGCUUCUGAAGCAAUCGAAUUUUAACCUAAACGCAGUAAAAAGUUCGGCACCUAAAUUUACCUCUAUACUGUUUUAUAUUCACAUCUUUGAAUCAACGACUGAUCACGCAAGGAAAUCAUUUAGUGUCGUAAUAAUAAUAUAAUAACUUAGCAACAGGUGACGGUGCUUAUUUCGAAAAAAAUAUUUUAACCGACUAACGAAGUCAGAGAUCGUGUUCAGAAGACAUCUGUUCCUCUGGCCUCUCUCUCUGGAUUUUCGUUGCUCCAUUCAAGGGUUAGCGCUUGGUCAACUGUUAAAAAUUCGCCUUGAUGGUUUGUCUGCCUAAUAUAAGUUCUUAAACAAGUUGGUGAGUGUUUUCUCUAUUGCCAAAGCAGCUCAUCGGAAAAUUUCAGAGUUGUGGCACCACUAUGGCAAUAAACGAUUCGAGAACGAGGUAUGAGGCGUUGGAAUAAAAGUUGUUAGAUAUUUAUUUUUCUUUUGAUACAACUACAGUCCCGUAUCACAGUUAAUAGUUGAGUCAGAGAAGUGCACAGAAACAAAAUGUCAUGUCAUUCCCGUGCUUUUCUGAAGCAUUUUGAUCAAAAAUUGUAAAAUAAAAGAUUAACAAUUGAGGUACUAAUAUAAGGCAAGAGUUUUAUGAUUUUUUUCAUUUGUGACCUGCGCAUAACCUGAUUAUUGUAAACUGCAAGCUAGAGCUAAAAAAUAUGGGAAAAAAUGAACUUUUGCUCUCAUUAGCGAUGGAGAGGAAAAAUAAAGUGGAACAUGAUAAUAUAAAGGAUAAAAAAUUUGGUGGAAAUGUAUUCUGACCACUAAAUUAAUGUUUGCUUAAUAUUUAUAUAGAUAGAAUUAGCUGUCUUUUCCUCUAUAUCUUUAUGAGAGUUAUUUAAUUAAUCGCUGGAUUCUAGGAGAGGAUUUUUAUCACGAGGAACAUUUUUACUUAUCAUGAUAUAUCUUUCACCGCGGCCUCGUUGUUUACGCCCAGGUCUACGC